AUGCAGGUGUCUAUCGCUUGCACCGAGCAGAACCUUCGCAGCCGGAGCAGCGAAGACCGUCUGUGCGGACCCCGGCCUGGCCCCGGGGGCGGUAAUGGCGGGCCGGUCGGUGGGGGACACGGGAAUCCGCCAGGCAGUGGAGGGCCGGGCCCUAAGGCCCGAGUGGCACUGGUCCCUCGACCCCCAGCGCCCGCUGGGGCCCUCCGAGAGAGCACCGGCCGAGGCACUGGCAUGAAGUACAGGAACCUGGGGAAGUCUGGUCUGCGGGUGUCCUGUCUUGGCCUGGGUACCUGGGUCACAUUUGGGUCUCAAAUCUCAGACGAGACGGCAGAGGAUGUGCUGACAUUAGCUUACGAGCAUGGCAUAAACCUGUUUGACACUGCCGAGGUGUACGCGGCAGGAAAAGCUGAAAGAACCCUGGGCAACAUCCUCAAAAGUAAAGGUUGGAGGAGAUCAAGCUAUGUCAUCACUACCAAGAUUUUUUGGGGAGGACAGGCAGAAACCGAACGGGGCUUGAGCCGCAAACACAUCAUUGAGGGUUUGCGUGGGUCCCUGGAACGCCUCCAGCUGGACUACGUGGACAUUGUCUUUGCCAAUCGCUCAGAUCCCAAUAGUCCCAUGGAGGAGAUUGUGCGAGCCAUGACCUAUGUCAUCAACCAGGGCUUGGCCCUGUACUGGGGCACAUCCCGAUGGGGGGCUACGGAAAUCAUGGAGGCCUACUCCAUGGCCAGACAGUUUAAUCUGAUCCCUCCAGUAUGUGAGCAAGCCGAGAAUCACUUCUUUCAGAGGGAGAAGGUGGAGAUGCAGCUGCCAGAGCUCUACCACAAGAUUGGUGUGGGCUCUGUCACCUGGUCCCCUCUAGCCUGUGGCCUCAUUACCAGCAAGUACGAUGGGCGGGUCCCAGAUUCUUGCAGGGCCGGCUUCAAGGGCUACCAGUGGCUCAAGGACAGAGUGCACAGUGAGGAGGGCAAGAAGCAACAAGCCAAAGUGUUGGACCUCCUCCCCAUUGCCAACCAGCUGGGCUGCACUGCGGCACAGCUGGCUAUCGCCUGGUGUCUCCGCAGUGAGGGGGUCAGCUCCGUCUUGCUGGGGGUGUCAAAUGCAGAACAGCUGAUAGAACACCUAGGCGCCCUGCAGGUGCUCAGCCACCUGACUCCGCAGACAGUGACGGAGAUCGACGUGCUCCUGGGGAACAAACCACACCCCAAGAAAUAGUCCGACGGGGGCAUGGGGAACCAGCCAGGAGGCUCAGGGUCACAGCCCUCCUCUG